GGGCGAGGGGCGUCACGGAGUCAGGUGGUCCCCGGAGUUCCCCGGGGCUGGACCGAGGGAACACGGUGCCUCGGGUUGUGUACACGCUCCACUGACAGAGCUUCUUGCAGCCGGGCAGCCGCUGAUCACGCGUGGCCCUGCCAGUUCAUUGGCUGAGGCCUCACACACCUUUGCCGCUGAUUGGUCGACAUCAGGCCCCGCCCUCUACCCCGCCCGCGGCGCGGGGCAGGCAGAGCGGCUACCUGCACGGGGAGGGGGACAGACAGCGCGGAGCGCGGUGGCGUCGACGUCUAGUGUCUCAGUGCUCCCGUCUGUGGCUAACUAAGCAGCCAGCAGCCAGGCAGCUCGCGACCUGCGGCCAGGCAGCCAACCAUGCUCAACUUCGGCGCUUCUCUCCAGCAAGCUUCGGAGGGGAAAAUGGAACUAAUUUCUGAAAAGCCCAGAGAGGGGAAGCAUCCCUGGGACAAAGCUGAGCAGAGUGACUUUGAAGCGGUGGAAGCACUCAUGUCCAUGAGCUGCGACUGGAAGUCUCACUUCAAGAAAUACCUUGAAAACCGGCCUGUCACGCCAGUGUCUGAUACCUCCGAGGAUGACAGCUUGCUUCCAGGGACGCCUGACCUUCAGACAGUCCCAGCAUUUUGUUUAACGCCACCUUACAGCCCCUCUGACUUCGAACCCUCCCAAGGGUCAAAUCUGACAGCACCAGCGCCAUCUACUGGCCACUUCAAAUCACUCUCUGAUGCUGCCAAGCCUCCAGGCGCCACUCCUUUCAAAGAGGAGGAAAAGAGUCCUUUAGCUGCCCCUCCCCUCCCUAAGGCUCAAGCCACCAGUGUCAUCCGUCACACAGCUGAUGCCCAACUGUGCAACCACCAGUCCUGCCCCGUGAAAGCAGCUAGCAUCCUCAACUAUCAGGACAAUUCUUUCCGGAGAAGAACCCACGUAAAUGUUGAGGCUACUCGAAAGAACAUACCCUGUGCUGCUGUGUCACCAAACAGAUCCAAGCCUGAGCCCAGCACAGUGUCCGAUGGUGAUGAGAAGGCGGGUGCUGCACUGUAUGACUUUGCUGUGCCUUCCUCAGAGACAGUAAUUUGUAGGUCUCAGCCAGCUCCUUCGUCCCCAGUGCAGAAGUCAGUACUAGUGUCUUCACCUACAGUAUCCACUGGGGGAGUGCCACCCCUGCCUGUCAUCUGCCAGAUGGUUCCCCUUCCUGCCAACAACUCUCUUGUUAGCACAGUUGUCCCCAGCACUCCUCCUAGCCAGCCACCAGCUGUCUGCUCACCUGUGUUGUUCAUGGGCGCUCAGGUGCCUGAGGGCACCGUCGUGUUUGUGGUACCCCAGCCUGUUGUGCAGAGCUCAAGGCCUCCAGUGGUGAGCCCCAGUGGCACCAGACUGUCUCCCAUUGCCCCUGCGCCUGGAUUCUCUCCUUCAGCAGCAAGGGUCACUCCCCAGAUUGACUCGUCCAGAGUUAGAAGUCACAUCUGUGGCCACCCAGGGUGUGGCAAGACUUACUUUAAAAGUUCCCAUCUGAAGGCCCACGUGAGGACACACACAGGGGAGAAACCCUUCAGCUGCAGCUGGAAAGGCUGUGAAAGGAGGUUUGCUCGCUCCGAUGAACUGUCCAGACACCGGCGGACACACACAGGUGAGAAGAAGUUUGCCUGUCCCAUGUGUGACCGUCGGUUCAUGAGGAGCGACCAUUUAACCAAGCAUGCCCGACGCCACCUAUCAGCCAAGAAGCUGCCAAACUGGCAAAUGGAAGUUAGCAAGUUAAAUGACAUUGCUCUGCCUCCGACCCCUGCUUCCGCACAGUGACGGCCAGAAGAUGGAGACGCGGAAUAAACUUUGGUCAGAGUCAGGAGCCAGUGAUGGUGUCAAGUGCUUCUGCAAGGCUGUGGCCCUCCACAAGGGCCUAAAGUAGAAACCCUGGCCUGGGGGAGGCCCCGCCUGGGUGAAAUGACAAGAAGUGCUUCAGCCACAGGCAGGUCACAGAGGACAGGGCUCAGUUCUUACCACAUAAAGAGAGGAGAACCCUUUUAUUCCUCCCUUAUUUUAGUCUGGAAGGUUUCGGCUGAGGUGAGCACAGCACAGGUUUUGAAUCACAUACACACUGGGGACUUUGUUUUUGCCAUUUAUACUCGAGACCAGCUUUGCAGUGCGAUUCUUUCAAAGGAUUGGUUUCAAGAAUAUAGAGGCUGGAAAUUACGGUACAGAAAUGGAGCUAGAAAAUGAGUUUGUUACACAGAGAUGUCAUCUUCUCCUAGAGUUAUCUUGUUUCUUAUUUCUAGGAGUCUUUCCAGUCAACUCCGUGGAUGUAGCUAAGUAUAUCUAAAACUAUCAUUUUUCCACUAUUGUUGGUAUUUGAAGUUGAACAGCUGUACAUUGCUGUGGGGGAGCCAAAGGAUUGGAGCCCUCAUUAAUUUAAUUGCUUGGAAGUGCAGCUAAAAUUCUUCUUUGACAUUUUGUUUUGAAAGUUUAGGCAUUUUACUCUACUUUAGAUUUUAGUUUGCUUGCAGUUUUUUGUGUAGAUUUGAAAAUUGUAUACCAAUGUGUUUUCUGUAGACUUAAAAUACAUUGCACUUUGUUUAGAAAAAAAAUCUGGAGAUGAAAAUAUGUAUUAUAAAGAAGAGAUGUCAAGAAUUUGAGAUAACUCCUUGAGAAAGGUGGCUUUAUGUCAUCAGCAAAGGACACUUAACGUCAAACAUACACUGUGGUUUUUUGGGUUUUUUUGUUGUUGUUGUUGUUUUUGUUUUCAAAUUAGAAAGUUUAGUGACCAUUACAGGUGGACAGUGUCAUUUUAUUUAUAGGAGUUUUUCAGGAUGUCAGAGUAGAUCGGCAGGAAAAUUGUUAUUAGAACAUUCACUUCUACCUUGAAAAGGAUGUUGAUGUCAUGUUUGUAGCGCCGCAGUGUCUGGGCAUCUGGGAAACUCCGAGACUUUUAGAGUGUCAUAAUGUGGUCACCCCUGCAGUUUGGGGCAUCGGAUCCAGGGCCUUGCAUGUCUUCUGUAAGAGCUCUCAUCACUGAGCUGUAUCCCCCCCCCCCCCAAGAGCAAUGACUUUUGCUAACAGUAUUUCUUUUCUGUUGUAAAGUGGACAGAUGAUACACUUGGUCGCAAAGGAAAAUUAUUCAAAAUCCACAGUGAAAACCUCACCACACCUUCCCAUUUAAACUGUUUCCAUAUCUCAGAGGUUUCUGACAUGCAAACUUGAACCCUUGAAAGAAGAGUUUUCUUAAAAAUUAUAAAAAAUCACGAGUUACAAUUUGCACAAUAUUUUUUGUUGAACUUUAUACCUUGUUUACAAUAAAGACUUUUCUUUGGUAUA